UUGAAGAUGAGCAGCCGUCAACACUAUCACCCAAAAAAAAGCAACGAAAUGGAGGCAUGCGAAAUUCACCCAACUCCUCACCCAAACUGAUGAGGCAUGACCCCUUGUUAAUUCCUGGCAAUGAGCAGAUUGACAACAUGGAUGCCAAUGUGAAAAAAUAUGACUCUACAGGGAUGUUUCAUUGGUGUCCAGCCAAGGACAUUGAAAAGGUCAUUUUGACUCGAAGUGAAGCAGCGAUGACAGUUUUAAGUGGGCAUGUAGUCGUUUGCAUAUUUGGGGAUGUUAAAUCUGCUUUGAUUGGAUUAAGAAAUUUAGUGAUGCCAUUACGAGCCAGCAACUUUCACUACCAUGAACUCAAGCACAUUGUGUUUGUGGGUUCACUUGAAUACCUGAGAAGGGAAUGGGAGACACUGCAUAACUUCCCCAAGGUUUCAAUCUUGCCUGGUACGCCAUUAAGUCGGGCUGAUUUAAGGGCUGUCAACAUCAACCUCUGCGACAUGUGCGUUAUCCUGUCAGCCAAUCAGAAUAAUAUUGAUGAUGCUUCGCUGCAGGACAAGGAAUGCAUCUUGGCGUCACUCAACAUCAAAUCUAUGCAGUUUGAUGACAGCAUUGGGGUCUUGCAGGCUAAUUCCCAAGGCUUUACGCCCCCUGGGAUGGAUAGGUCAUCUCCAGACAACAGUCCAGUCCAUGGCCUAUUACGUCAACCCUCCAUUACAACAGGAGCCAACAUCCCUAUUAUAACAGAGCUAGUAAAUGAUUCAAAUGUUCAGUUCUUGGACCAAGAUGAUGAUGAUGAUCCAGACACAGAACUGUAUCUCACGCAGCCCUUUGCAUGUGGAACCGCAUUUGCUGUCAGUGUGCUGGACUCGCUCAUGAGCGCAACAUACUUCAAUGACAAUAUCCUCACACUGAUACGGACUUUGGUAACAGGAGGAGCCACACCAGAGCUGGAAGCACUGAUUGCUGAGGAAAAUGCAUUGAGAGGAGGUUACAGCACACCCCAGACACUUGCAAACAGGGACAGGUGUCGAGUUGCUCAGUUGGCUUUGUAUGAUGGGCCAUUUGCAGACCUAGGGGAUGGAGGUUGUUAUGGAGAUCUAUUUUGUAAAGCAUUGAAAACAUACAAUAUGCUUUGCUUUGGAAUUUAUCGAUUAAGGGAUGCACAUCUAAGUACUCCCAGCCAAUGCACUAAACGUUACGUUAUCACAAACCCACCGUAUGAAUUUGAGCUUGUGCCGACAGACUUGAUCUUCUGUUUGAUGCAAUUUGACCACAACGCUGGCCAAUCUCGGGCCAGUCUUUCUCAUUCCUCCCAUUCCUCCUAUUCUUCCAGCAAGAAGAGCUCAUCAGUUCACUCCAUCCCAUCAACAGCAAACCGACCGAAUCGCACCAAGACCAGGGAUUCACGGGAAAAACAGAAUGCAACAAGGAUGAAUAGAAUGGGCCAAGCAGAAAAGAAAUGGUUUACAGAUGAACCGGAUAAUGCCUAUCCCAGAAACAUUCAAAUCAAGCCCAUGAGCACUCACAUGGCCAAUCAGAUCAAUCAAUAUAAAUCGACAAGCAGCUUGAUACCACCCAUCAGAGAAGUUGAAGAUGAAUGUUGACUCCUUCGAGGCCAGAACUAUUUUUUUAAAGCCUGACAAACUUCAUGAAUGGUGAUGUGACAUUUAUUCCUCUUAUAUGCUGAACAACUGAUGGAGAAGUUAAGAAGGGCAAGCUUAAUGGGAAAAUAAAAAGUAGACAGAUGAUUGUCUGCCUUUAAUAUUGCUUCCACGUAUUUUGGAAACUGUUUCAUUUAUAAAUGAACAUAAUCAAAACUAGUCAUGUAUAGCCUCUAGCAUUUUAAAUUAUUUUUAUUUAUUAGAAAAAAAUAUAUUUUUCUUUUUUUUCUUCAUCAUCAAGUAUAUUCCCUUAUAAAAACCUGCGUGUGUGGCCAGACUCCUAAGAAUUUAAAAAAAACAAACCUCAGUCUUUGGCUUAAAGGAGAAUGAUGGUCACAGUUAUAAGGACAUGUAAUUAAGGGAGACAAAUGAUAUAUUUGCAAGAAGAAAAAAAAAAGGUCCAACUUGUAUUUUAGUAAAGCAAAAAAAAAAAAAAAAAGAAGAAAAAAAAAACAGUUCACCAAAAUGUUUCUUUACUGGAGGAUGUGUAUUUUGUUCAGCAUUGACACCAGCUCUUAAUAAACUGAACUUAUUUAUUUUCAAACUUGAAAGUCAUAUUUUUGUACAUGUAACAUUCUGAAAUAUUCUUUUUUUUGUUUUAUUACCAUAUACAGCUUAUCUUAAUUGCCAGUUAUGUUAAGGUCAAAUAAAUAACCCC